UCCAUUCAGAGUCUGUGGAGGUGAUCAGAUUCAUCAGUGGAGAUUAGACUGAAUGAUUCAUGGAUGAUUCACAGACAUUCAGAGAUGGAGAUGAUUCUCCAGGAGUCAGAUCAGUCCAUCAGAAGAGAUUGGACUCACCUGAGAUGAGCUGUGUGUCCAUAAAGAGUGACACAUCUAUGAUGGAUCCAACAAAUUUUAAAGAUGAAGACACAUUGCCUGAUCAGAGAUCAGUCCAUCAAAAGAGAUUAGAGUUACCUGAGAUCAGCUGUGUGUCCAUGAAGAGUGACAGGUCUAUGACUGAUCCAACAAAUUUUAAAGGUGAAGAUACAUCGCCUGAUCAGAGGUCAAUAAAGUUGUCUGGAUCAGACUCAACAGAUCAGACCAGAGUGUCUGUUAGUGAUCAGACUAUCAAUGUUCAACAGUCCGAUGAAAGAGACUCUCAUAGUUUCAGUUAUCAUCAGAUUACCGAAGUUCAAAGCACAUUCAGACAACAUCUGAGGAAGAAGUUUGAGUGUUUGUAUGAUGUAACAUCAAAUAAGAGAAACCCAACACUACUGAAUGAGAUCUACACAGAGCUCUACAUCACAGAGAGUGAAAGUGGAGAGAUCAGUAAUGAACAUGAGGUGAGACAGAUUGAGACACAAUCCAGAAGAACAACAACAGAGGAGACACCAAUCAAAUGUAAGGACAUCUUUAAACCUUUACCUGAACAAGACAAACACAUCAGAAGUGUGCUGACAAAGGGAGUCGCUGGCAUUGGAAAAACAGUCUCUGUACAGAAGUUCAUUCUGGACUGGGCUGAAGAGAAAGAGAAUCAGGACGUCCACCUCAUAUUUCCACUUCCUUUCAGAGAAAUUAAUCUGAUGAAAGACAAACAACUCAGUCUUUUAGAUCUUCUUCAUCUUUUCUUCCCAGAAACAAAAGAAAUGGAAAUUUUCAGUGAUGAAUAUAAAGUGUUGUUCAUCUUUGAUGGUUUGGAUGAGUGUCGUCUGUCUCUGGAUUUUCACAGCAGUGUGAGGUUGUGUGAUGUAAGUGAAUCAACCUCAGUGGACGUGAUGCUGACAAACCUCAUCAAGGGGAAUCUGUUUCCAUCUGCUCUCAUCUGGAUCACCUCCAGACCAGCAGCAGCUGAUCUCAUCCCAUCUGAGUGUGUUGAUCGAGUCACAGAGGUACGAGGCUUCAAUGAUCCACAGAAGGAGGAAUACUUCAGGAAGAGAAUCAGUGAUGAGAGUCUGUCUGAUCAAAUCAUCUCACACCUGAAGUCAUCCAGGAGUCUCUACAUCAUGUGUCACAUCCCAGUCUUCUGCUGGAUUUCAGUCACUGUUCUAGAGAGAAUGUUGAGUGAAGCAGAGAGUCAAGAGAUCCCCAAGACUCUCACUCAGAUGUACACACACUUCUUGAUCAUUCAGACAAACAUCAAACAUCAGAAGGACUAUGAGAAGAAAGUGAAGGAAGAUGAAGACAUGAUCUUCAAACUGGGAAAACUGGCUUUUGAGCAGCUUGUGAAAGGCAAUCUGAUCUUCUAUGAUGAAGACCUGAGAGAUUGUGGCAUUGAUGUAGCAGAAGCAUCAGUUUACUCAGGAUUGUGUACUCAGAUCUUCAGAGAGGAGUUUGGUUUGUAUCAGAGGAAAGUUUACUGCUUUGUUCAUCUCAGCAUUCAGGAACAUCUAGCAGCUUUUUAUGCUCACCUCACCUUUAUAAACAACAACAGAAAUGUGUUUAAUCAAAACCCAGCACCUGAUCAGUUUAACAAAGUGUUGGACAUAAAGAAACAUAAAUCAUCAGAACACAUUUUAUUAUCCAGGUUCCAUUACAGAGCUGUAGAUGAAGCUUUAAAGAGUAAGAAUGGACAUCUGGAUCUUUUCCUGCGUUUUCUUCUGGGUCUUUCACUGAAGUCCAAUCAGAUUCUCUUACAGGAUCUACUGACACAGAUGGGAAGAUUCUCUUACAACAAAGAGGAAACUGUUGAGUACAUUAAACAGAAGUUCAAUGAGAAUCUGUCUACAGAUAAAUCAAUCAAUCUGAUUCACUGUCUGAAUGAACUGGGUGAUGAUUCACUGGUGAAGGAGAUUCAAGAUUAUGUAAAAUCAAGUUCAGUAGGAAAGUUCAGUCUCUCCUCUUCACAGUGGGCAGCUUUAGUUUUUGUAUUGUUGAUGUCUGAACAGCAUUUGGAUGAACUUAAUCUAAAUAAAUUUACUGGAGAUGCAAAUAAAGCAGAUGAAGUUCUUGUGAGACUACAGCCUGUCAUCAAAGAGUCCAAAAAAGUUCAAUCUUGUUUUUCAUUUUUCUUUCUACACUUGUGUAAUUGUUCCAUCACAGAUAAAGGUUGUGCUGCUUUGAAUUCAGCUCUGAGAUCAAACCCAUCACACCUGAGAGAUCUGAACCUGAGCUGGAAUGAUCUAAGAGAUUUAGGAGUGAAACUGAUCUCUCUUGGACUGGGGAAUCCUCACUGUAAACUGGAGAUACUAAAGUUGGAUCAUUGUUAUUUCACAAUUGAGGGUUGUGUUGCUCUGACUUCAGCUCUGACAUCAAACCCAUCACACUUGAGACAUCUAGAUCUGUCUUAUAAUAAUAUAAAAGAUUCAGGAGUAAAGCUGCUCUCUACUUUUCUGGAGGAUCCUAACUGUAAACUGAAGACACUUGAGUUGAUUUAUUGUGGUGUCACAUAUGAAGGUUGUGCUGAUCUCACAAAAGCUCUGAAAUUAAACCCAUCACACCUGACAGAACUGAAUCUGUCCUGGAAUAAUCUUGGAGAUUCAGGGGUGAAGUUGAUCUCUGUUGGACUGGAGGGCCCUCACUAUAAACUGGAGAAACUGAAGUUGGAGCAUUGUUAUAUCACAGAUGAAGGUUGUGACGCUCUUAGUUUUGCUCUGAUACCAAACCCAUCAUAUCUGAGACAUCUGAAUCUGUCUUAUAAUAAUCUUGGAGAUUCAGGAGUAAAGCGACUCUCUGCUCGACUGAAGAAUCCUGACUGUAAACUGAAGACAAUUGACAUGAAGUUCUGUGAUAUCACAUCUGAAGGUUGUGUUGAUCUGAGUUCAGCUCUGAGAUCAAACCCAUCACACCUGACAGAACUGAAUCUGUCAUAUAAUAAUCUUGGAGAUUCAGGAGUGAAGCUGAUCUCUGAUGUACUGAAGAAUCCUGACUGUAAACUUAAAAAACUGGACUUGAGUUAUUGUGGUAUCACAGCUGAAGGUUUUGCUGCUCUGGAUUCAGCUAAGAGAUCAAACCCAUCAUUACAACAGACAAUUCUGGACCUCUCUGGAAAUAAUAUGAAAUAUUGUAAACCUAAAGUUGAUCCUUAUUAGACCAUUACUGCAGUAUCAAA